AUGGAGGCGCUGCUGUCGCUCUAUCGGCGAACGGUUGCUGCCGACAUCGAGGACACAUUGCAGCCUGCAAAUGCGCAUACGCUGCAACGUAUGCUGUACGAGAGCAGCGAUGUGUUCGGACAUCUGAGCAAGUACGACAAUUUUCACCAGGCCUUCGGCGUACCGCCGAAUCCGUGCGAAAGCGUCUGUUUUAUUAGAUUUUGGCGAGGCGUCGAAGACGUGGUUACUGCACCGGAGCCGGUGAUCACUGGGUCGCGGAGGCUAGAUUUGCAAAAAGCUUUGUUCGCGGACGAUGCGCUCCUUCGGAGCGUUCGCCAUUUCCGCGACGAGCUGCUCAAGCAGACCUCCCCAAUGUCACUGUCUGCCUUCCUUUCGGUGAUAGACUGCUGCAGCAAGAGCAGCGACCUGACGGAAUUUUGGUCGCGUGUUCGCGAAAAUUCCCAUCGCACUUUUUCCGAGGGAGACAUUGAGGUAGCCAACGUCUCCGACAUGAUUUUUGGCCACUUGUGCCAACGUUUCAGCUACCGUUCACAGGGAAUCGGGGACCUCCGCACGAUAUCUACGUGCACCGCAUUUGAAAGCGAUGAGGACUCGGAACCCGUGCACUCUUCCCGAUCCUUCAUGAGCAGCAUUGCGUCGUGUCGCAGCACUGCCUCGUCUGAGGAACGUUAUCGCCAAUUACUUGAAAACCUGGACGUUUGUCUUCCCGAGAUAUACAACCGAUUCUGCGAGCGCAUCGACGAGUUGACGACUCAGCGGCAGCAGCUGGAAGCUGAGUGCGAAAGCAGGGAGAAGCAGCUGGACGAGCUGCGCUCCGAGUUCGAUCAGGGCAGACUAGAGCUUCAGUCGCGGUGUGAUCAUCUGGUGGAAAGCAACUCAAUGUUGCAGCGUCAGACGGAGUCCCAGGAGCUCGAAUUAGACAGCUACCGCAUACAGGUGAUGAACCUCAAGCGCCGUCUAGACUCAUGUGACUCCGCGAGGUUGGAGGACGAAAUACAGACCGUCCGGAGCCAGUGCGCGAAUCUGGAGAAAAUGAACGUCGAUUUACGUCGUUCGCUGGAUGAAGCCGAGGCACGCUGCGCUCCCACACCUUCCGACCAUCGUGAUCGCACUGAUGUGUGUGUCGGCGACGACACCGAAUACAUUGGGCCAACCACGCUAAACGUAUCUCCUGAGGAUGCAUGGCAUGCCUCCGAAGAACGUGCAACAAUGUUGAAGGAGCUUCAACAAUAUCGCACAGAGAAUGCAGAGCUUUCAAAAGCGUUUGAAGACAUGGUGAAACGGGAAAAGGAUUUAUCACGUGAUCUGGCGGCCGCUUUGCUAGACAACGAGGCGACCGCCGAGCGGCUGAAGUGCUACGUGCCGGCAGACAGUCACGCCGCCGAGCAGCAGGCAUUACAGUCGAAGAUACUGUCACUUGAGACAGAAGUGAGUUCACUGCGUGAGCUCGUGGAGUCCCUCCGAUCUGAGGGGGAAAUCGCCGAGUCAGAGCGUAGCGAGCUGCUACGCGCCAAGUCGGACUUGGAACGGGAUAUAGCGGCAUCGAGGAAAGCCACCGAAGUGGCCGAAACCGCAUUGAAACUGCUGCGCCAGAAGUGCAGCCAACUUGAAGCUGAUGCAGCUGCCACACGGGAUCUAGAAAGGCAGCUGUAUGAAUAUCGCUCCUGCAACUCUGAGCUGCAGGCCAAAAUCGACGAACUAACCAACGAGAACUUGGUUUUGGCAUCCCGCAUAGAGGAUCUGAAUGCUCCUUCAACCCGCCUAAGCGGCAUGACGGGGGCAAUCGAAAACCAGGCCGAAGAUGCUUGCUUCUCUCUUACGCCACGUACGGAUACCUCCGUCGGCGAGGAGCCGGAAGAGCGGAAGCUGGAAGUCCCGUAUACUGGCAAAAUCGGGAUUAACCCCGCCUUGGCGGAGACGCGUCGUCUGAACACGAUGAACGCAAUGAAGUAUGGGCAGUUGAGCGCAGACGACGCCAACAUGCCCCUGUCGUCGGUGCUAGGGAAAGAGGAUUACGGCCCGCUGGUGUACCGUCGCACGUUCGGCUUCCAGCGAUCCAUGACGGUAUUGUCCGACGACAAAGGCAUCGCUCUGCUGCGCGACCCUCGGGACCUGGGCGCAAACGACAGCGACGUCACUCCGCUCUCGGACACCGAGACGUUUGACGUGCUCCAGAGCGCCGCUUCAUAUUUAUCGGAGACCUUCAAUUUUGGUCUAAAAUCUGCCAGGAAGGUCUAG